CCUCGCCGACUCCUGUAGAGAAUCGGAGAUGCUCUCCCAGGACGCCAGGCUCCGCCACCUUCACCGCUACCGGCGGCGACUCCUCGUGGCUCUCCUGUCGCAUCGUACCCUCCUUGCGGUGCUGUGGACCGUGCUGUUCUCCGCGGUCGUCGUGUGGCAGAGCGGCGCCGUCGGCCGCCUUGGGUUAUUGCGGCGGUGGGCGCCGCCGCCGAGGCCGUGCCCCCGGCUCCGGCCUACGGUCUUCAAUCUGUCGGAUUUUGGGGGAGUCGGGGAUGGUGUCACAUUGAACACCCAGGCAUUUGAGAAAGCGGUGGAGGCCAUCAUGGAGUUUGGGGGAAGCGGCGGCGGGCAGCUCAACGUACCACCGGGAAUGUGGCUCACUGGUCCCUUUAAUCUAACUAGCCACAUGACCCUGUUCCUCGCCGAAGGGGCCGUGAUUAUGGGAAUUGAGGAUUAUAAGCAUUGGACCUUAAUGCCUCCACUGCCAUCAUAUGGACAGGGGAGGGAAUUGAAAGGGCCUCGAUACGGAAGUCUGAUUCAUGGACAAAAUCUUCGGGAUGUGGUUAUAACAGGAUAUAACGGUACCAUAAAUGGACAAGGUCAAACAUGGUGGAAAAGAUAUCGUCAAGGACUUCUGGAACACACCAGAGGACCUCUUGUGCAGCUUAUGUGGUCCAGAGAUAUUGUAAUUUCUAAUAUAACUUUACAAGAUUCUCCUUUUUGGACACUACAUCCCUAUGACUGCAGGAAUGUUACUAUUUCAAAUGUAACAAUUAUGGCCCCCCUUUACGAUGCUCCAAACACAGAUGGCAUAGAUCCUGAUUCAUGUGAGGACAUGGUAAUAGAGAACAGUUACAUUUCUGUAGGUGAUGAUGGAAUAGCAAUUAAGAGUGGUUGGGACCGGUAUGGAAUUGCCUAUGGACGACCAUCAACAAACAUAUUAGUUAAGAAUGUUGUUCUACGCUCCAAGAUGAGUGCUGGAGUAUCAAUAGGAAGUGAGAUGUCUGGUGGCAUCUCGAAUAUCAAAUUUGAAAACAUCCUUGUUUGGGACUCACGGCGUGGUGUGAGGAUCAAGACUGCUCCUGGGAGGGGUGGAUACAUUCACAACAUCUCCUAUAGCAACCUAACCUUCAAUAAUUUGAGUGUUGGUAUCGUGAUCAAGACCGACUACAAUGAGCACCCUGAUGAUGGCUUUGACCCCAAAGCCAUUCCGACAAUCAGGAACUUGACCUUCCGUGGAGUUUAUGGUCAUAAUGUCCGCAUUCCAGUCGAGAUCCAAGGCAGCAAGGAGAUUCUUGUGAGAGGCAUCAGCUUCCAGGAUAUGCAGGUUGGUCUUUCCUACAAAAAGAAGCGAACUUUCCGUUGCUCUUAUGUAGAGGGAUAUGCGGUCGGUCCAAUCUUCCCAGCACCAUGUGACAGCCUUGACCGGUACGAUGAGAAUGGACGGUUAGUUAAGCGUUCAAUAAUACAACAAAAUGUUACCUACACAGAUUAUGAGAUAUAGAGUUGUGUUUUUGAUAAAUACUAGGCUUGGCUCGUUCCUCUUAAUUACCGCAUCCAAUCUUUUUUGACUUCCUGAUGUAAUGGUGAUCUUCAUGUUUUCAUCAGCUGCCUGUGAGGUGAAGAAGUUAUUAAUCUGUACAAAUGAGCUCAUGCAAAUGUCGUGAGUUCUUUUUGCUGAUUUAUGGGCUUAAUAACAUCAUCGACAUCAUAUGAUGCUAUCA